GGUGCUUUCUCAAUGUUUUUCUGCCUGAUCGAUUGUUAUUUGCUGAGUUUGAGAGUUUGCGUGUGUCUGUGUGUGAGAGAGGUAAGGUAAAUAUUAUUUUGGGCCCAGAUGGCACCUCCUACGAGUGCUGAACAAAAAGACAAACAACAACAUGUCAGCUUGCCACAUAUUUGUAGUGAUGAUAUUGUAUCACGUUUUGAAAAUAGGAGAGCAAUACUUUGCAACUUGAAUGACUUGAAUGUCUGCUUGGCUGAUGCGGUUGAAAAACUUGACUCCUUGUCUGAUGACAACAUCUGUUAAAAUGUGAUCAAACCUGUCUGACAUUUUUCUAAAAACACGUUAAACACUUGUGGCUGAGCAAAACUCUAAGGCAAGGGCGUACGUGGGCACAACCGUACUUUCAGUUGCUUUAAGUGGACCAUGGCUAGCCAAGUUGAAGAUGAUCUCCAAUGUCCGAAAUGUUUGGAAAUCUUCAAAGAUCCUGUUAUACUUCAGUGUAGUCACAGCGUCUGUCGUGCAUGCGUGCAGCGGUGGUGGGAGCAGGAAGGAGAAAGAUCGUGUCCACUCUGUAGGAAAAGGUGUAACUCGAUGGAUCUACCUCGCAAAUUGGCACCGAGGGAUGCGUCUGAGGCCUUUUUACAGGCCUCGGUGGAGCCAGAGGACAUCUGCAGGUUGCACAAGGAGAAACUGAAUUUCUUCUGCUUGGACCACCAGGAGUCUGUGUGCAUCAUCUGCAGAGAUGCAGAAAUCCACGCUGGCCACAAGGUGCGUCCCCUUGAUGAAGCUGUGCCAGAUCACAGAAAGAAACUCCAGGAAGGCCUGGAGAGAGUAAAGAAAAGUCUGGAAGUGUACGAUGAGGUGAGAGACAACUGCAGUGAACUAGCAGAGUACAUCAAGGUCCAGGCGGACCAGGUUGAAAGCAAGAUUAAACAGAAUUUUGAAGAGCUUCAUCGCUUUCUGCAGGUUGAGGAGGAGGCCAAGUUGUCUGCUCUGAGGGAGGAAGAGCAGAGGAAGAGUCAGAUGAUGAAGAAGAAGAUUGAGGUUCUCAACAGAGACAUGGCCGCUCUGUCAGACAUGAUCAGAACCGCAGAGGAGCAGCUCACAUCUGACCACGUUUCCUUCGUGAACAACUACCAGGCUGCAAUGAGUAGAAUCCAGCAGCUGCCCAAGAAGCCUAACGUGCUCCCCGGGGCGCUGCUGGAUGAAGUCAAACAUGUGGGCAACCUCAAGUACACCGUGUGGGAACGAAUGAAGGAGAUUGUCUCCUUCAGUCCCGUGAUUCUGGACCCAAACACGGCCGGUCCGGAACUCAGUCUGUCUGAAGAUCUGACCAGUGUGAGCGUUAAAGCUGGAGAGCAACAUCCAAAGAAUCCCGAGAGGUGUCAGUACUGGAACGGUGUCCUCGGUUCCGCUUUGGACUCAGGAACACACGUCUGGGAUGUCGACGUGGGAGACAACGCUGACUGGCGACUGGGGGUCGCGUGGGGGGAACCUGAUUCGCCCCCUAGCGUAUUCACAUCGAUCAUCGGAUUCAGUGAUGAUAAAUACAAAAAGUUAUCAGGACGAUAUGAAUCCUGGAAUCCGCCAGUAAAACUGCAGAGGAUUCGAAUUCAUGUGGACACUAACGAAAGAUCCAUUUCAUUAUCCGAAUCCCUUACAAACACUGAAAUAUCCACAAGGAAGAACUUUUCAAGUUGGCCGAAUUUGUCUUCGAGCAUGAAAAUGUAUCCUUACUUUUACACAGAGGAUAAAAGUCCUCUGAGAAUAAUACCACUUACACUUUUUGUUACAACUCAAAGUCUGUGAUGAUAAUUUGCUGCCAGAAUGCUGCAACGACAUGGUAAAUAAAAAGUUGCAAGAUGGUUCAUUGAAUAUGAUAUGUCACUUUGUAUAAGAUAUUUCUUUCUCCCACAAGGAUAUUUUACAGUGAUUGAACUGUUCAAUAACUAGAAAACAUCAUUUUGAAUUCAUACAGUAUUUCGGUUUUAAGAGACCAUGUCGAAAAAAAAUAUAUCUGAUCAAAAAUGUUUUGUUUAAAUGUUUGUUUUAAUAAUCUGAAGACUUAUAUUGUUUUCUUCUCAAUGAUUACUCCACACUCUUUUGUGACUUUUAUUUUCCUGACAGUUGUAUAUGAAAGACUCGCUUCUAUUUUAUUUUGAUGGGAGCAAUGGUCACUACUAGGUGUCUGACACUUCCCAUCAAAAAUAAUUGUACUUUGUGGUUGUAGCUGUAUUGAUAAGUAUCAUUGUAAUCAAAAACUACAGAGAAUAUGUUAUAAAUCAACAUUUGAGAGAGACGCUAUGUGUGGUUAAUGAAGACUGUUCCAGUGGAAGAAGCAAGACAAUCACAUACAACAAUCACACCUCAGCACUUGCAAAAAAUGCAUAAACUAUAACGAUCAUAAUCAUAAAGAAGAUUCUUAUUGAAUAUACAGGGGUUUUAACUACAAUGAAUACUGGCAAACAGUCAUUUGUGUUGUAUACAAAAGUGUAAUUGGGGGAUGACUAUUUUACAAUGUGCCACACAACACUCCUGUGUGCAUGACGCACGUAUGUCUCUCACAUAAGAUUUUGAAUGUUUUUAUUUAUUUAUUUAUUUUCAGAUUCAGCUGAAUCUUAAAGACUCUGUAGAGAGUCUUGGUAUAUAAAUAAUUAAUUUUGUAACAGCUGCUUCCAAAAUGUCUUUUUCAAUUGGUAAAUGGGCUUGGCACCCAUAAGCUUUGCUUCUGUCUACUCCAUUUGGGCCUUGUUGAAGUAGUAAAGGUGUAUUGGUCAGUUGCAGCUCAUUGUUCCUCAAUUGCUCUCUUUUUUUUAAGAAGAAGAAAUUAAUAUCAGCGGCACGGUGGGCCAAUUGUGAACAACACUGAAAAGACAAGUCGUUGCUCUUCUUCGCUGGUGCAGCCCACACACAUGCACUUCAUGCAAUGCUGUUCGUAACGGUAGACUGCCUCAAUGCAGUAUAGCUGUGCUCUUCCUGUGGAUAAGUUAUUGAGGUCAAGAACUGCUUGCGUAGUCUAAAAUAAAUACUGUAAUGUGAUAUGGUAUUAUUGUUUAACCGGUCUGUGCUUGAACAUUGGUGCUUUGUUGCAGGGAGGAUAAAAUGUAAAUCAGUGUGGGGGUGUGCUGCUUGAAAGCUCCCAGAAGGGUGCAUUGGAGGCCACAGAGAACAUCUGUCGGAGAUAACAGUGGCUACAAAGGAUUGCUGUAAACUUUAUGAGAAGCAAGAAAUGUUGAGACAGCGUCUGGCACCAGCGGCAAACGGCCAUCAUUCUGCAUAGCAACGAUGACGUCAAUGGACCCUGGACCAAUCAGACAAAGACGAUUCCACUUCAUCUUUUAAACAUUGUAUAAGUCUGGGGCAGGAACAGAUAGUUUUGAUAGGGGUAGCUGCGGACCCAGAGCUCUGAAAAAUGUAUAGACUCCUCUGUCAAGAAUAAAUUGGUUGGCUUUUAACACGUUAUCAUCAUUGUAGUUCUUUCACGAAAACGAACACGCAUGGAACCUUGAGAGUUAAUAGAUGAUUUUAAAACACGGGUUCCUUUAAAUGGUGACCGCGACGUCAUCCUGGAAGGAUUAUUAGAUAAAAGGACAGAGGAGUGGACUGGAAUUCAGUUGGACUGCAAUCUGCUCGGUGCACCGACAGAAGGAGUGUUUGCAGUCAUCCGUGACAUGUUCCCGUCCUCCUCGCCCACGGUGCCGAAGCUCCCGGACUUCUGAUAAAGACCAGUAAAGACUUCGGACGUUCCGCCACCAUGUGCGUUACGGAGACUUGGCUUUGUGAGGCUGUACCCGAUGGCACCGUCAUGCUUCCGGGUUUUCAUCGAGCAGACCGCAUCACGGAGUUAUCGGGGAAAACAAAAGGUGGCGGGAUAUGCCUCUAUAUCAACGAAGAAUGGUGUACGGACGUCACAGAGUUCAGCACACACUGCAGCCCGCAUUUGGAGUCGCUGUUUUUGAACUGUAAGCCAUUCUACUCACGCCGUGAGUUCGCAUCAUUCAUUCUCGCUGGCGCCUAUAUUCCACCUCAAGCUAACACGAAUGCCGUAUUGCUAACGCUCGCCGAACAAGUCAACGAAAUUGAAAAUAUACACCCGCACUCACCCCUCAUUAUUCUCGGGGACUUUAACAAAGCUAAACUCAACCACGAACUCCCUAAAUACAAGCAGCACAUCGACUGUCCUACCAGGCAAAAUAACAUUUUAGACCACUGCUAUACUACGCUAAAAAACGCAUACCGUGCUAUACCUCAUGCAGCCCUGGGCUUGUCUGAUCACUGCUUAAUUCACUUCAUACCGACAUACAGGCAAGAACUUAAAUGCGCGAAGCCUACUGUGAAAACAGUGAAAAGUGGACCAAUGAAGCAAAGAUAGAACUUCAAAGCUGUUUAGACUGCACAGAAUGGAGUGUCUUUGAAAAUUCAGCUGGCAGCCUGGAGGAAUAUACGGACACUGUCACAUCCUAUAUCAGUUUCUGUGAAGAUGUGUGUGUAGCAACAAAGUCAUUUCGCACAUUCAAUAACAACAAGCCGUGGUUCACUGCCAAACUUAAGCAGCUUCGCCAAGCUAAGGAGGACGCAUAUCAGAGCGGGGACAGGGCCGUGUAUAAUCGCGCUAGAAACCUGCUGACUAAAGAAAUUAACAUUGCAAAUAGGAACUAUGGAGCAAAGUUGGAAAAACAGUUUAGCGCUAACGACUCUAAAUCAGUCUGGCAUGCAUUCCAAUCGCUGACCAAUUAAAAGCGACGAUCCCUCCCAAGCUGAGAACAAUAGCACACUAGCCAACGACUUGAAUACCUUCUACUGCAGAUUUGAAAAGGACACUUUCACACCCCACACCCACCCAGCCACACCACCAACGCCUAUCACACCACCAACUUCUGCGUUAACCAUCCACGAACAGGAUGUGAGACGCAUCUUCAAACAACAAAAGAUUAACAAAGCGGGAGGCCCAGACCAUGUGUCCCCAUCCUGCCUCAAAGUCUGCGCGGACCAGCUCGCCCCAGUCUUCUCACAGAUAUUCAAUAUAUCUCUGGAACUAUGCGAAGUACCAUCCUGUUUCAAAUGCUCCACCAUCAUUCCAGUCCCCAAGAAACCUACAAUCUCUGGUCUAAAUGACUACAGGCCUGUCGCCUUGACAUCUGUGGUCAUGAAGUCAUUUGAACAUCUCGUGCUGGACCACCUCAAGAGCGUCACAGGUCCCCUGCUGGACCCCCUGCAGUUUGCCUACCGAGCGAACAGGUCUGCGGAUGAUGCAGUCAACAUGGGACUACACUUCAUCCUAGAACACUUCGACAGUGCAGGGACCUACGCGAGGAUCCUGUUCGUGGACUUCAUCUCAGCGUUCAACACCAUCAUCCCUGAACUCCUUUCAUCCAAGCUUCUCCAGCUCAGCGUCUCACCUGCCAUCUGCCAGUGGAUUCACAGCUUCCUGACGGGCAGGACACAGCAGGUGAGGCUGGGGGAGGCCACCUCAUCCACAUGCAGCAUCAGCACUGGGGCGCCCCAAGGUUGUCUCCUCUCUCCGCUGCUCUUCUCUCUCUACACGAACGACUGCACCUCAGCGCACCCGGUUUGCAGAUGACACCACUGUCAUCGGCCUCAUCAAGGACGGUGACGAGUCUGCAUAUCGACAGGAAGUGGAGCGGCUGGAGCUGUGGUGCGGCCGACACAACCUGGAGCUGAACACGCUCAAGACUGUAGAGAUGAUUGUGGACUUCAGAAGCAUCCUUCGCCACAGCUGCCCCUGACGUUGUCCAGCUGCCUUGUGUCAACUGUCGAGACCUUCAAGUUUCUGGGAAUUACAGUCUCUCAGGACCUGAAGUGGGCGACCAACAUCAACUCCGUCCUCAAAAAGGCCCAGCAGAGGAUGUACUUCCUGCGGCUUCUGAGAAAGCACGGCCUGCCACAGGAGCUGCUCAGGCAGUUCUACACAGCGGUCAUCGAAUCAGUCCUGUGUUCUUCCAUCACAGUCUGGUUUGGUGCUGCUACAAAAAAGGACAAACUCCGACUGCAACGGACAAUCAAAACUGCUGAAAGGAUUGUCGGUACCCCCCUACCCACCCUUGAGGACCUGCACGCUGCCAGAACUAAGACAAGAGCGUGCAAAAUCCUCUCAGACCCUCCACAUCUCGGUCACCGUCUCCUUCCCUCAGGUAGGUGCUACCGAUAAAUGCAAACUAGAACUAGCAGACAUUCCAACAGCUUCUUCCCUCUUGCAAUCAACUUCAUAAACAGCUAACCUACAAUUCCAUUACAACAUGCUGCCAAUUUUUGACUUGAGUUUGUUGUCACAUUUCUGUGGGGCCACUUAUACAUUACUCGUGCACUCACUGUAGUAGUCUCGCCACGCUGCACUAUUUGCAUAUCUGUUGUUGACCAAUACUGGCCACUCAUGCAAGAGUAGCAUCUGCUCCAUUUGCACACUGAUUGAGGAGUAUGUGCAACAUUUGCACAAUCAACAUUGUCCCAGAUUAUCGCACUACUCGCUUGAAGUCUCGGCGCCCUUUGCACAAUCGUCAUUGCACCGGACUAUUGCAAUAUUAGUCUUUCGACUGCUCUAAGUGCGAGAGGACUCUGCAUCUUUUUGCACAAUUGUAAAAAAAAAUAAAAAAAUAAAAAUGUACCGGCAUUACCACAUAACUAGCAACCCUUUAUUGCUCAGUGACAGUUUUUUGUCAAUGUCUCAAAAGUGUUCUCUGUCAAUUGACUGUCUGUUGUUGUACUAGAGCAGCUCCAACCACCGGAGACAAAUUCCUUUUGUGUUUUUUAGACAUACUUGGCAAAUAAAGAUGAUUCUGAUUCUGAAAAGGGAGGGGCACCCGAGGCCUCUUUCCUCUCUUAUCUGGCCCUGCCGGGGGGGGGUUCUAGCAUAUACAGGCUCUCCUCCACUUUCUGUAAAUAAGAAUGUGAUAAGCCUGCAUUCUUCUCUGCCAGCCACACCAGCACAUACAAGAAGUAAAAUUAGAGCAGAAUGAUGGGUGGAGUAUUAAGUCCAGACUCCUCUCCCAAAUUGCAAGAUUAACUGAAGGGGGCCUGUAUCCCAUGAUCGAAGUGGCAAAUCCUGCAUAUGAAGGUGAAGGAGGGAGAAAAGGCAGUACAAUUCUUGUUUACAGACCUUGGUCAAAAGAGGAGUGUGUGAAAGAGGUGGAAAGCUUAACACCCUACAAAAGAGAUGUAGAAGAGUGGUGCCGUGAUAUGCAACAACUGGUUUGCACAUAUCACUGAAAUGGAAUGAGAUCAGAAGUAAAAGAGUGGAUUAAGAAACAUGAUGUAAAUGAUUGGGGGAAAUAGCUAAGUAGUUAAUAAGAAAAAACAUCUAUUAACACCACUGCAGAAGUUAUAGUUCUUCAGUGGCAUUUACAAUAAAGAUACAGUAAUUAUGGUGUAAUGUGUUAUUAUAGUCUGGGGUCUACUAUGUAGUAGAUGACGCAGUCGUGUCCGAACUCGGGUCUAAAAGAUGUACAGGACUAAAAAAGAGUAACGAGUGGGAAACAGAGCCAUGAAAGGUUUGCAAGCCAUGUCUGUUAAAUUUAAAUCAACGUCUGGAGUGGAUGACAACCCAUUCCAUAGCUUGCUGAACAGGGUGUUUGGUAAAUGGUAAACUCACAUGCUGACUUUGGCAACUUCCAUCCUGGUUGUCAUUGCUGCUCUUGCUUUGUGCGGAAGUUGUAUCACUCCUUGUCUCAGGAGUCUUAUCCUCCGUAUUGUUGUCAAGGCAUUUGAUGGAAGGACCACCACGGCCAAUAUCAGCUGAUGCCCUUGAAAUAGGACGUGGACACCAUGAGCGCACUUGCUCCGUUGGACGUCGCCUUUGUAUCCUCUCCUUAAGUUUUUUAAUAUUUUCUAUAUUUAGUUUGGGCUAUAUUGAGUAUUAUAGCGAACUAGGCUGCAUAUUUAGAGAGUGUUGAUCUCUGAUUAGCAGAGAUCAAAAGGGGGGUUAAUGUUAUUUGUAUUAUUGUUUAACUGGUCUGUGCUUGAACAUUGGUGCUUUGU